ACUGGUACCUUGCUACCUUAUUAAAACAAAUAAUACCAGCAAACGGCUAACUUCGCCAAAUAUAGUUUACCUUAUUUACUUUACCAACUCAAGCGUAACAAAACUGGUUUCGUUUAGAAGAAACGGUGUCAGACAGUAGUCUAAUAAUAUUAUUGUAUCAAGUAAUCAUGUAUUGUGGAAUAUUAAAAAUCAUAUUGUUUUUCAGUCAGUUAUUUAACUCGGCAUCGAUUGUUUGAAUGUUUCAUUUUAUGUAUUUGGGUGGGGUCACUGAUGUUGUGCGUGAGUGACUGCAUUUUGUAAACAUAGAGACGUUUAAGUUUUCGUUUUAUGGCAUGCGCUGACGGCUGUGAAGUGUUUGGCAGUUGAUGUUGUAAACUAUGGAUCAUCAAACAAUAGGAUUUGAUCUUGUAAAUGACAAUGGCAAUGCAGGACGUUCCAAACACGUUACACAACUUACAUACAGACCGUUGCCAGCAGCAGUUUCCUCUGUCGCCCCUGCUCCACCUGCAGGCAAUCUUUACCCAUCCAUGCCUGCAGGAACCACAGCCAAAGCUCCGCCCAUCGGCUUUGAAAUGCACGGUCAUCCACAUGACAACGGGCCAACAGAAGUGGUCACAGAGAAAGUCCCAGGCGGACCUCAAACGAGUCAGAAUGAAGAGUUCACGAUGUUCUUCAAAGAUGGCGCUCGACGAAUUGACUUUGUCUUGGCCUAUGAAAUGGGAACCACAGCGGAACAGGAAAACAGAGUUAAAAAGCGGGAAUACUUUCUAGACAUGAUUAAGAAAGAAGGAUUGCACUUGGAACAUGAGAAACCAGAGGACUCUAAGAGUGGGAAGGUGGCCUUUAUAAAGUGCCACGCCCCCUGGGAGGUUCUAGCAAAGGGGGCGGAGCUAAUGAACAUGAAGAUGCCCUUAGCGCCCAAUGACAUGCCAACACAAACAAGUAUCUUCCAAUGCUGCCCGACCCCUUUUGACCUCGAUAAGGAACUGAUAGAGGAAGAUGACAACUAUUUCACAGCCCCUUUCAACAGGAGCCGCAUGGACCAGUUCGUCAUUCAUGACAAAGAAAAAUUCUUCUCAAACGCUCAGCGUAGCCGAAUCGUGUACGCCAUCUUGUCUCGAGCGUAUUAUGAGGAUGAAGAUCAGGACAACUCGGGAAAACGACGAUUUGGAAUCAAGAAGCUGCUUGCCAACGGAACAUUUAGUGCAGCGUAUCCUCUCCAUGAUGGUAAAUACACCAGUGAGCACUCACUGCUGACUAGGGGAAAGGAAAAUGACAGACAUCUCCUAUAUGAGUUGUGGGCAAAACCAGGUAGAUGGUACAAAUUCCAGCCAUUGGACAAAAUCAGGAAGUACUUUGGAGAGAAGAUAGGUAUAUACUUCACCUGGCUGGGUUACUACACCACCAUGUUGGUGCCUGCUGCCAUUGCCGGUCUCAUUGCUUUCAUAUAUGGCCUUGUUACCAUGGGAGAUGACCAAGUCACGAAUGACCUGUGCUCAGUGCAGAUAGCGGGUAACAUCACAAUGUGCCCACUGUGUGACAACCGCUGCUCAUACUGGCGACUCAAGGAGAGCUGUGGCUUCUCCAGGGCCACUUACCUCUUUGAUAAUCCUGCAACUGUGGCGUUUGCUUGUGUCAUGGCUUUAUGGGCAUCCUUUUUCCACGAGUUUUGGAAGCGAAAGCAGGCAGAGCUAGAGUAUGACUGGGAUAUCGCUGAUUUUGAAGACGAGGAGAUCGCUAAUACAGAAACAGUCAGACCAGAAUUUGAAAAUGCUGUCAUGAGAAAGCGAGAAAACCCCAUAAAUAAGAAAUUAGAGCCUUAUGUGCCGAACUGGAGCAAAUGUUUCCGCUACUCAACAACCAUUGUUGUGUUGCUGUUCUUUUUUGCCCUGGUCAUUAUCGCUAUACUUGGCGUUAUCAUCUACCGGAUUGUGAUAGCGGCAGUCUUGUCAGCAAUUGACCAGGACAUGGUGAAAGGACGUGCUGGACUCAUAGCCUCCGUCACUUCAGCCUGCAUUAAUCUUAUCAUCAUCGUGUUCUUAAACUUUGUUUAUCAAAAAAUUGCAGAGGGUCUCACUGAACUAGAACAACACCGCACAGAGACUGAGUGGGAGGAUGCCUUCACCUUCAAAAUGUAUCUCUUCCAAUUUGUCAACUACUACUCUUCCAUCGUGUAUAUUGCUUUCUUCAAGGGCAAGUUUGUUGGCAGACCAGGCAACUAUAACCGUAACUUCUUUGGUUACAGACAGGAAGAGUGUGACCCGGCUGGCUGUCUCAUAGAGCUCUGUAUUCAGCUGGGCAUCAUCAUGGUGGGCAAACAGGCCUUUGCAAACUUCAAAGAAGUAGUUCUGCCGAAGGUGAUGGUGUGGUGCAAGUCCCGCAAGGUUCUAGAUGACAAGGACAACAAGGUCUACACACACUGGGAGCAGGACUACAACCUGGCUGACCAGCCCAAACUGGGCCUGUUUGAUGAGUACCUUGAGAUGGUGAUCCAGUACGGGUUUGUGACCAUAUUUGUGGCAGCCUUCCCUCUGGCCCCAUUCUUUGCCCUACUCAACAACAUCAUUGAGAUACGCCUGGACGCGUACAAGUUUGUAACACAGUGGAAGCGUCCCCUGGCCCUUCGGUCACAGGAUAUUGGAAUCUGGUUUGGCAUUUUGCAAGGAAUCUCAGCCCUUGCUGUUGUCUCCAACGCAGCAAUCAUUGCCUUCACAUCAGAGUUCAUCCCACGUAUGGUGUACAAGUAUGUCUACAGCCCGAACCAGACGAUGACGGGCUACUAUGAGACCUUUCGAAUGUCAGUUUUCGACGUUGCAAACUUCCAAAAGGACUCGAUGCCUGAAGACCCGAAAUUCAAAGAGUUUGGGAAUGUUACCACAUGCAUGUACCGUGGCUACAAUGAGCCCCCCUCUGCCCCAGAGCCCUACAUUUACAGGAUGGCCUUCUGGCACGUACUGGCUGCUCAGCUCGCAUUUAUUGUCGUGUUUGAGAACCUGAUAGUGUUCCUGACGUGGCUUGUGAUGUACCUGGUCCCAGACAUGCCUUACAAUGUUAAGAUGCAGAUGUUAAGAGAGAAGUACCUUAGCAAGCAGGCACUGUUCCACGCAGAGGAACUCAAAGAACAAACCAGGCCCAAGGCGGAAUAAUUUAGGAAAGACAAUAAGUCAUGUAGAGAAAUGUACCAGAUCCAUAUUCGAAAAAAUAUAGUGAAGGCUGGAAAGUAAAUAUGUAUUUAUGAGUGAAUAAACAGAGAUAUUUAAGUGAAUAAAGUAUGUAUACAGAAAGAAAUAGAGUAUGUAUACACAACACAAAAUUAACAUGAACAAAUCAAGUAAACAUACGAAAAUAAAAACGUACUGAAGAGGUUUAAUAGUAAAUAUUAACGUCAAGUAGAGGUUAACUGCAGAGUCUAAAUACAGACACCUUAUGCACAUGCAUUAAGCUGGUCUUCAUAAAGAUCCACUCAUAUCUGAGUACAAAAACAAUAUGUUAAACAUCUUACAAAAUAAACAUGGAGACUGUUCUGGUUAUGUUUAACAAAUAUUAUUAUAGUAAGAAAUCCACAGAGUUUCUUUCUGUCCAAGAAUUUGAAUGACAUUUUCUCAUGGAAAUAAUUCUUUGUUUUAUUAAAUUGUUCACUUGAAUUAAAGUUCGAGUUUUGCAAUGAUUCGACCCAUCACGACCUUAUUUCUAUUAUUGUUUAUAGUUGUUAUCCAUUAUUAAAUAUGAUGUUAUUAAUAAGCAUAUUUUAGAAGAAUAUGUUCAUGUAUUUUUAUUUUCAGUUUUUACUUGUUUUAUGGCAUAUUUAAUUAAAAUUACAUUGUCUUAGUUUCAGGAUUGUGUCUUUUGACAUGGUUUAACUGUUGUAAAGUUUGUAGCUAAACUCACAUUUGUUUCAUUGUUUUUUAGCAUAUUCAAUCUAAAUUCUAUUGUUUGUCUUUAGAGUUUAAGGGUUGUGUCUUUUGACAUUGUUAAAGUGUUGUUAAAUUGGUAGCUAAAGUUAUGUUUGUUGCGUAGCUUUUUAGCAUAUUUAAUAUAAAUUUUAUUGUUUUUUUAAGUUUCAUGGAUAUGUCUUUCAACGUGGUUAAAAUGGUACAUUGGUGUUGCGCAAUUUACAUCUUAUCAGAGUUUGUACCCAGAUCUAAAAGAGCCCAGAGGGGAUAAUCACAUGAUGAAGGCUUUUUUUUUAAAAUGCUGCUCACUCUCCAGCGAUAAUGUCUCUCCAGUAGGAUCACAACAUUACAGCUCAAGCUACAUGUAAGAAAUUUUGUAGCGAGUAGAGUCAUGAUGGAAAGCUAAUCUAAAUAACAAAUAAAAGCUAAUCACUUUCUUACUAAUACAUGUAUGGCUGGAAAGUGUGUCAUUAACAAAUAUAUCAUAAGUAAAUUAACAAAAGUAUUAAAGUGUAUAAAACAGCUCAAAAUAUAUGUUUCAGUAUGAAUGUUGCCAUCUUGAUUGUCACUUGAUUAUCCCCUCUGACAGAUAUCAUUAGUAAAUUAACAAAAGUAUUAAAGUGUAUAAAACAGCUAAAAAUAUAUGUUUCAGUAUGGAUGUUGCCAUAAUUAAAAUAUAAACAAAACUGUAUUUGAUCAAAUUUUUUAUUUAAGACAAACUGUUUAGUAGCUUAACUUGUGGUUGGAAUGUUUGCUAAAGUACAGUCAACUUCUUUAUUCUAUUAUCAAAGUGAUUUGUAUAGAAUCCAGUUGUGAAGUAUUUUUUUACAUUUUACAAGUGGAAUGUUUUGAAUGCGAUUAUAUUGAACAUUAAAUGUAUACAAUAAACUGAUGAAAGCAUAUGAUUAAGAUUUUACUAGUACAUUCUGAAGCAAAUAAAGUGCAGCUUACCGUUGACAAUGAUCCUCUACACAAUUUUAUGCAUUAAUUAUAAAAGUGAGUCUGCAUUUUUUAAUGGAAUUAACAUUUUUCUUUUUAAGCAUGCAUAACUCAUUUUUCACAGUUUGAUGUUUUAAGUUUGCCUAAGUUUUACAAUCUGCCCUCACUGAGUUUACAUGAGCCUCAUUCUGGGUAAACCGGUUUUAAUUCAUGUGCCUAAAAUUAUGUCCUAGAUUAGCCUGUGAUUUCUUUACAUGCUUCUCAGAGACGACACUGUCCGCUUUUUUGGUUAAAAAAAGUCUAUUUGUAACAAAAAUCCAGUCUAGACAGAAACUGUCCUCACUGAUUAGCCAGUGUAGACUGCAGAGGCUAAACUGGACUGGCACCUGCAUUAACCCUUUCAGUGCUGGAACCGAAUUUUGAAGGCCUUUGCAAACAGUUUGGAUCCAGAUGAGACGCCACAGAACGUGGCGUCUCAUCAGGAUCCAAACUAUUUGCUAUUUUGAUAGUAUUCUUUGGAAAAAAAAUCGAAGAAAAUGCUAAUUUUAGAAAUUCAGCAGACGACAUUUUAGCAGACGACAAGUUUCCCAGCAUGCAAAGGGUUAAGCUCAGUUUUCCAGAACGUGGGCUCUUAUAUGCGGACUUAGUUUUGUGUCUCAUGAAAAACAAAGUUAGCAUACGACCUCAUUAAAUACUGGGUACACAUAUUUCAUCAUUGUCUAUGUUGUUGUAAAAUAUUGGAAUUUGAAUAAUUAAUAUGCAUAUAUGUUUAUGUUUAUGUUUUAGAAAUUUUUAUACAUGUAAUGGUUAUGACUUCCAUCUUAUGUUCCAUCUUACUUUAUGUUAAUUCAUUUAAUUAUAAACGUUUUUUUAUAUAUUAAUUAACAUAACACAUGAACGUUUCACCCAUGCAAAACAGUUUACAGAGUUUUGCUUCAUUUGUUUAGGGUUGUAUGAAACCUCGUUGUGAUUGCUAUAAUUUUAUUUGUUGUUCAUUUUGUUUUUAACAUUGGUUGUUCUUUUUUAAUCUUCUGUUCUUUGUUCAGGAAAAUGUUAAUAUAGUUUUGUUUUAGUAUUGCUAUGUUUAUGUAUUUUUCUUUGAUAUACAUUAUUUAUUGAACUUAUACGCAUUUGUGCUACAUUAAAUGACAAAAUUUGA